AUGAUCUUUUUGUGUCUAACAGAUGCCCUGAACGCCAACCUUUCCACCCUCUCCAUUUCAGCACAAGAGCGUGCCGCAAAGGAUGCCGCCAAGAAGGAAGCCAAAGCUGCCGCAAGCGAGGCGCGUGAUACUGAGCGCAAGGCUGCCUCCAAGGUUCUGAUCAAGCGUGUGGAACGCAACAAGCGCAAGUACGUGACGGUUGUCGUCGGACUGGAGGUCUUCGGGCUGGAGAACAAGAAGAUUGCAAAGGACCUGGGGAAGAAGUUUGCUACCGGCUCUUCAGUGACCCGCUCGCCUGCUGGUAUUGAGGAAAUUACCGUUCAGGGUGAUGUCAGCGACGACCUGCACGACUGGCUCCUGGAGAUCCACGGCAAGAAGAUUCCCGAGUCUAAUAUUGAAUUGAUUGAAGACAAGAAGAAGAAGAAGAGUGAGGGGCCGAUAGCAUAA